UCUCUCCACAUAAAUAAAGGGAUCAUUCAUUUUGUUUACACACGAUCAUGGCGAGACUACUGGACUUUGUGUUCCUGCUUUACUUUGCUAGCCACAUUCCGAUCACGAUUUUCGUCGACUCACAGGCCCUGUUCCCUCCCUGGCUCUACCCUCGACAGUUACGUGAUUUGAUGACAUGGUACUGCUCCGAGUUCAAGGACCCCAUGAUGGCCGCCCCUCCCACGUGGUUUAAAACUUUCGUUAUGUCAGAACUCACACUUCAGUUUCCGUUUUUCUUUGUGGCCUCCUACGCUUUUUGGAAAGGUAUCCAGAAGUGCCAAUGGAUUCGUAUUCCUCUGAUCGUCUACUCAUCACACGUUGCCACGACAACGGUUGCUAUUUGCUAUCACGUGCUCAUGCACGACUUUACUGAUGCGAAGCCUCCCGGUCCAGAGACAUUCUCCGAACGAUGGACUCUGUUUCUAGUAUACUUCCCAUACCUCCUCGUGCCUGUCAUGUUAUUACUGGACUCGCUGUUUAGUUCGGUUUAUCGGGUCAAAGUGAAAUCCAGUUGAUUAUUGUACGUGGCUGUUUAAUAAAUAAUUUUCUAUUUUUUCAUUA